AAGCGGCAAGGGAAGGAGAAGGGAGCCUGAUGCCACGGACACUGGAGGGGCAGAUCACGAUGGAGAAGACCCCCAGCUACUUUGUCACCAAGGAGGCUCCUCGGCGCAUCUACAACAUGUCCCGGGACACGAAGCUGAUCGUGGUGGUGCGUAACCCCGUCACCCGCGCCAUCUCCGACUACACACAGACACUCUCCAAAAACCCCUCCAUCCCCAGCUUCCAGGCCCUAGCCUUCAAAAACCUCAGCACGGGACUGAUCGACACGAGCUGGAGCGCGGUUAGGAUCGGGAUCUACGCCAAGCACCUGGACAACUGGCUGCAGUACUUCCCCCUCUCCAAAUUCCUCUUCGUUAGUGGGGAGAGGCUCGUCAGCGACCCGGCCGGGGAGAUGGGCCGUGUCCAGGACUUUCUGGGUCUCAAGAGGGUGGUAACGGACAAACAUUUCUAUUUUAACGAGACCAAGGGCUUUCCCUGCCUGAAGAAGCCGGAGGGUGGCAGCAAGCCCCGCUGCCUGGGGAAAUCCAAGGGGCGGCCGCACCCCAAAAUCGACAUGCAGGUGGUCCAACGCCUGCGGGAGUUUUACAGACCCUUCAACAUGAAGUUUUAUCAGAUGACAGGGCAGGACUUUGGGUGGGACUGAGCCAUCCACAGGGCACGCUGCUGAGCUGGGACCUGGUCUGCCCAGCAGUGUGCAGAGCCAGGACCACGGUCCAGGGAUACUUGGAGCUGCCGUGGUCCAGGGAUGCCUGUGGCCGCCCCACCAGCAACCUCCUCCCUUUGUUCUAAUUUAUAUCAGACCUCUUCUGGUGAGAAACGGACCCUUCUGGAGUAGAGAGAAAUAUUUAAGAAAUAAACCCACAGAUGACCCCUCUCCCCUCCCUGACCAGAUUAAAUAUUCUUCCACAUAAAUUCUUGCUAAUCUGUAUUAACCGUGAGUGUUCUGGGUGGUGAGUGGGAGAGUGUGAGCGUGUGGACGGGGGUGUGUGUGUGUGUGUGGGGGGACAUUGGCUCUUCCAUCCACAAUAAAAGCUUUGGAAACCAGUUGGCCUCUGGGCCAUGCGGCCGGUGGGUUUUUGCUAAAUCAAAUUCUGGUGCUGAGCACAGGCAGCGGCUGCUGUGGGGUGGUGGGUGAGGCCGGCUGAGCUGCAGACCCCAAGCGUGGGGUAUGUUUUGCAGAUAGAAAAUACUCUGCAGGAAUUUCCUAGUUAAGAAAAACAAUUAACGGCAGUAGUUUUGAAUAAAUGCCAGGUCUGGGGUUAGGGAGAGGGAGUUGCAUAUCACAUACCUUCUUAUGUUCUUUGAGUAACCCAGAUGAUAAAGCAGGGCAUUUGUAACCCUUGGGAUGAAAAUCCCUGCUUCCCCUGAAUUCACCCAAGCACAGCAGACAAAAGCCCCAAACUCUGACCUUUCAGUUCAAUAAUCUCAAUAGAUUUUCAAGUCUGCAGCCAUAGAGGGCCAUCAUGGGAGGCUGCAGAAAUUAGUUUAAUCUGAAUUAACUGGUUUUCCCUUAAUUAAAGAUGGGGAAAACAUUUAAUUAACCUCUCAUAUCUUAUUAGUGACUUGUAUUUGUCUCUUUAAUGAGCUAAUUAUAUGUUUUCAA